ACUUCCCUAGGAAGGAACCAAUUCACUCCAAUUACUUCCUCCAAUCUCUGCAUUCUCUCACUGUCUCUCUUCUAUCUUACCAACUUUUCUGCACCAUCCGGUGCUCCCAAGAACUCGCCAGCUAAGCAAGCUCGUUCGCAAAUUCGUCUCCUUUUCCCGGAAUUCCCUCUCUGCUCUGCUCUUUAAAUCCUCCUCCAGCUCGGCCGAAGCCCCCGCACGAACCAGCGCCCGCCAUGAUCUCUUCAGUGAGGCACGCCGUUUCGCCCUUCCCGUCCUCCGGUUUCUUGACCCAGAGGCGCUCCCUCGCCAAGCCUCGAUUUUGGCCCCUACCCAUCAUCAGAAAUGAGCAGCUGAACCUGAACCACUCGGUCUCUCCCCAGAAACCCAUCUACAUCUCCUCGGUAGAGACGUUCUCCCCGCUGCCGGCGGCGAAAAUCCAGAAGCGCGAGGUCGUGUGCAAUGCCUACGAGGCUGCCGAUAGGCCGCUCAAGAUCAACAUCGAGCUCCCCGACGAGCAGGCGGCCGAGGCCGCUCAGCGGAUCAAGAUUGGCUUGUACUUCGCGACUUGGUGGGCUCUGAACGUGGUGUUCAAUAUAUACAACAAGAAGGUGUUGAAUGCGUUCCCUUAUCCGUGGCUCACGUCCACACUCUCGCUCGCGGCUGGUUCUUUGAUGAUGAUGAUUUCUUGGGCCACUAGAGUCGCCGAGACCCCAAAAGUCGAUCUUGAGUUUUGGAAGAUGCUAUUGCCGGUGGCUGUGGCUCACACAAUUGGGCAUGUAGCAGCAACCGUGAGCAUGUCAAAAGUUGCAGUGUCCUUCACUCACAUCAUCAAGAGUGGAGAGCCUGCUUUCAGUGUCUUGGUCUCAAGGUUCUUGUUGGGGGAUACAUUCCCCCUAUCAGUAUAUUUGUCUCUGUUGCCAAUCAUUGGAGGAUGUUCUCUUGCUGCCUUGACUGAGCUCAAUUUCAACAUGAUUGGAUUCAUGGGAGCUAUCAUCUCCAACUUGGCAUUUGUGUUUCGGAACAUCUUCUCGAAGAAAGGCAUGAAGGGGAAGUCGGUUAGCGGGAUGAACUAUUAUGCCUGUCUUUCUAUGUUGUCCCUUUUGAUCCUCACGCCUUUUGCAAUUGCCGUGGAGGGCCCUCAGAUGUGGGCUGCCGGUUGGCAAAAUGCUGUCUCUCAUAUUGGACCCAAUUUUGUCUAGUGGGUCGUGGCCCAAAGCGUCUUCUACCACUUGUAUAACCAAGUUUCAUAUAUGUCCCUCGAUCAGAUCUCUCCCUUGACCUUUAGCAUUGGUAACACAAUGAAGCGGAUUUCGGUGAUCAUUUCGUCCAUCAUUAUCUUCCAUACGCCUGUCCAGCCUAUCAAUGCCCUUGGAGCUGCCAUUGCGAUACUGGGGACAUUCCUCUACUCUCAGGCCAAGCAAUGAAGGGGUGCAGAUACGUUGCAGUUCCCACUCAGUAAAGUCCGAAAAAACUACUGUGAGCAGACAUGGGACCAAACUAGUAGAAGAAUUAGCGGCUACUGAUGGAUUGACUAUCAUUGGAGAGCUAAUGACUUGUGCCACUCCGAUCAACGAAGCAUACCCUCCUAACGCGUCGAAAUAUCAUCCAUGAUCUUGUCUUAGUAGAUAAUUAGCCAGAGAAAAUAGUUUCCGUUUCUGUAUGUCUCUAAGAGCUGUAGAGUUAUGAGUGAAAUAAAGAGUACGCGGAUGUCGAUUCCCAGUAUGAAAUGAGCAUGAUCGAUUUAUGUCCUCAACUUCAUGAUCUCUCAAUCA